CCUCUCUCAUGAGCGCUGCUCUCUCCAUUCCUCGGACCUCUCUUGGACCCUCGAGUUUCCCGCAGGUCUCGCCACAACUCUUCAAAUGGAGCUGACCCUAUUCACGCUCGUGCUUUGCCUCUAUGACGUCAUCGUGAGCUGCCUCCCGGCGCCGUUCGUGGAUGUCGUGGUCGAUCGGUACGACAUACCGAGAAUGUGUCCCCGAGAGGUGGAGACGGAAGACUUCAUCCGUUAUCACUUUAACGGAACCUUCCAUGCAGACGGGGAGAAGUUUGACUCCAGUCAUGACCGCGGCAAAGCCUUCAUCAGCCAGGUGGGCCUGGGCAGACUCAUCACGGGGAUGGACCGCGGCCUCCAGGGCAUGUGUGUCAACGAACAACGGAGGAUCACGAUCCCCCCUCACCUGGCCUACGGGAGUAUCGGAACAGGCGGCGUGGUUCCUCCCGACGCCGUGCUGGUGUACGACGUUCUCCUGCUGGACAUCUGGAACACCGAGGACGAGGUCCAGAUUCGGAGACUCCACAAACCGGCCAGCUGCCCGCGGGCCGCCGCGGCCUCCGACUUCGUCCGCUACCACUACAACGGCACGCUGCUGUCCGGGGCGCCGUUCGACUCCAGUUACUCGAGGAACGCGACCUACGACACCUACCUGGGACAGGGCGCCCUCAUCAAAGGCAUGGACGAGGGCCUCCUGGGCAUGUGCGUCGGGGAGAGGAGGAUCAUCAUCGUGCCCCCCUUCCUGGCGUACGGAGAGAUCGGCAAUGGAACUCGGAUCCCUCCUCAGGCCACGCUGGUGUUUGAGGCGCUGCUGGUCGACGUGUUCAACGCCAACGACGACCUCAUGGUGGAGGUGAAGGAGGUGCCCGAAGGCUGCGCCCGCAGGACGGCGUCCGGAGAUUACAUCCGCUACCACUACAACGGCACCUUCCAGGACGGCACGGCCUUCGACUCGAGCUACAAGCGAAACAGCACCUACAACACGUACAUCGACAGGGGGCACGUGAUCCGAGGGAUGGACCGAGCGCUGCAGGGCCUGUGCAUCGGGGAGAAGAGACGGAUCGUCAUCCCUCCUCACAUGGCGUACGGCGAGGCGGGGGUCGGAGAACUCAUUCCUGGCUCGACCGUGCUGGUCUUUGACAUUCACGUCAUCGAUUUCCACAACCCCGAAGACCCGGUCGAUAUCAAAGUGACCCACAAGCCUCGGGACUGCGAAGGGACGAGUGAGGCGGACGAUUGGAUUCAGUAUCGUUACAAUUGCUCCUUGAUGGACGGCACCCUGCUGUACUCCUCGGACCACUACGACGCCCCCUCCGUCACGACCCUGGGGGCGGACAAGGUGAUCCCUGGUCUGGAGAAAGGUUUGGGAGGCAUGUGUGUGGGCGAGAAGAGGGAGGUGGUCGUUCCGCCACACUGGGGCCAUGGGGAGAACGGAGCUGGAGAAGUUCCCAGUAGCGCAGUGCUCUUCUUCGAGCUGGAGUUGAUGGAGCUGAAGAAGGGCGUGCCCGACGGCUACAUGUUCGUGUGGCUGGGAGACGGUCCGGAUCUCCUCUUUCCUGCUAUGGACCUCAACGGGGACCAAGAGGUCCCCCGAGAGGAGUUUUCGGCCUUCAUCAUGCGACAAGUUGAAUUGGGCGACGGUCGUCUUCGGCCAGGGGUCGACGCCGACACCAUCAUUCAGGACAUGUUUAAUAACCAAGACCGCAAUAAAGACGGGAAGAUUGUAGAAAGCGAAGUGGAUGACGAGCCGGAGCCGGCGAGACGAGACGAGCUGUAAAGGGACUCGCCGGUGUGUAGCUGGCGAGGAGGCGGCGAGGAGGCGGUGAACUGUCAUCUCGGAGACUUGCACCUAUUUCGAAAAAAAAUUUCAGAGAUUGAAACAUUGCUGAGCCUCUGAUGUAAGGACGCCGCGCGUCUACUUUACCAACAGGUGUUUGAAAAAUGUGAAAGGAAGAAAAAUGUCCUGGAGGUGAAACUACGUGGGGAAAAGCACACAAGAUUAAUAUUGAAGUGUCUCGGCACGCGUGUGGGCGGGGCCCGUCUCCCAGAAUAUUACUUUAGAACAUUAGGAGUCAAUGCAGUGCCAUAUAAACAUUCUAACAUUCUAUUGGUUGUACAGUAUUAGGAGUGACUGAUUUGUACAAUAUUAGAACAUCUAUUGUAUGAAAUGGAAUAAAAUGUUGUGAAACCUAAAAUAAACUUUUAUAGAAAAAUGA